CAGCAGAGCAGUGACGAUGGGUUUCCUGCUGCAAGUUUCCUGCUAACGGCGGACGGAUAAGCAGGACCAGAAUCCACCUUCCUCAACCAGAACCGGACCUGCAGAGACCCAGAACCAGAACCAGCAGAGAGGAAGCAGUGAGCAGACGGAGGCGGCGGGUGAACUCAGUCGAUGGAUGCUGUCCGGAUCGAGGGGGCAGCAAGUUCUUCACUGACGAGGAAAAGAAAGAUUUCAAAAUUGAGUCGAAGGACAGAAACUCGCCGUCAGGCAUGGUGUGUGAGAAGGGGAUCCAGAUCCUCCUCACCACCGUGGGGGCGUUCGCCGCCUUCGGCCUGAUGACGGUGGCCAUAGGGACGGACUACUGGCUGUACUCCCGCGCCCUCAUCUGCAACAGCACGGCCAACGUCACCCAGGACGACCCCCACAACAAGGACAAGAAGGACCCCGGGGCCCUCACCCACUCAGGGCUGUGGAGGAUCUGCUGCCUGGAAGGAGUGAAGCGAGGAGUGUGUUCUCAGAUCAACCACUUCCCGGAGGACGCAGACUUUGACCACGACGGGGCCGAGUACGUCCUACGGGUAGUCAGAGCUUCCAACAUCUUCCCAAUCCUCAGUGCCAUCCUGCUGCUGAUGGGAGGCAUUUGCAUCGCUGCUAGUCGUUUCUACAAAAGCAAAAGGAACAUCAUCCUGGGGGCAGGAAUCCUCUUCGUGGCUGCAGGUAACUCUGGAAUAUUCUAACAUCUGGACAUGUAU